CCGAGGCUGGAGGGGGAGGGUUUGGGGGUGUUUGCCCGAGGCUGGGGAAGCUCUUACAGCCGUUAUUGCGACACAUCCCUUCCCCCAGCUCAUGCCCGGCCUCGGCUUUGCAGCAAGUUCCAGGGUGUUUGAGGAAGUUCUUUGGGGCUCUCACAGACCCGUCGGUGAAGCUCCGGGGAAUUGGGCAUCAUCCCCCCCUGGCAUCAUCCCCCCUGGCAUCAUCCCCCCUGCAUCAUCCCUCCUGGCAUCAUCCCCCCGGGCAUCAUCCCCCCGGGCACCUCCUGCAGCUCAGCCAAGGUGCUGACGCGGUGCUGAGCCCUUCCCGGGCCGCAGGGGAUGCUCUGAGCGCUCCCUGGCGCUGCCAGGGGGGGGUCUCCGCCCUUAUCCCCCCCCAGCAUGGCAGAGGAGGGCGAUGCCCUGCCCGUGAGCUCCUGGCUGGCCUCGCUGCACCUCGAGCAAUACUCGGCGAGCUUCCAGCGCAGCGGGCUGCGGGCGGUGGGCGACUGCCGGGGGCUGGCGGAGCCGGGGCUGCGGCGCUUGGGCGUGUUGCUGCCCGGCCACCGGCGGCGCAUCCUCCUGGCACUGCACAAAGCCUUCGCUGAGACCCCCCCGCUGCCCCCCUCCUCAUCCUCAUCCUCCUCCCUUCCUCCUCCUCCUCUUCCCGCAGCUCUAAAACCCAUCCCCAUGAAACGCCACAUCUUCCACCGCAGCCCCCCGUCGGAGCCCCCCGAAGUGCCCGGGGGAGGGUCCCCGCCGCUGCUGGUGGCACAAGGGGGGGUUGGCAUCGCUCAGCUGCCCCCUCCCAUCCCACCCAGGGUGGGCUGCAGACCCCCCCUUCAGUUCUCCACGUCGUUAAGGGGUGGUAACCCCGAGCCCCUCCCCCUGCCCCAAACGUGCCCCCCCGAUGAGCCCCCUGAGACCCCCCCGGCGAGACCCCCGCUGCCAGCCAAGAGGCACCAGCUGGAGGCCAAGUGCCAGUCCCUGAAGACCCCCCCGACGUGCAGCAGCCCCCCGGAGCUGCCCCCCAGGGCUGUGGCACACAGGAGCAUCUCUGCCAAAGAGGAGGAGCCCAACCCUGAGAGAGCAGCUGAGAGCCCCCCAGCCCCACAAAGCCCCCCAGCAAAGCCACUGGAGCUGCCCUCCAAGGGCAACCUGCCCUUUGUGCCUGAGUUUGAUGACUCUGACUACGAGGACUCUGCCUGGGAGGGGGAAUUAGCCAGAGCCAGGGCAGAGAUGGCCACUGAGCCCCCCCAGGGGGAUGCAGAGCCUGUGCCAGCCCAGCCACACUCCAGUCUCAGCAGCCUGUGCAGUGAGGACGAGCUGCUGGAGGAUCAGGACGAUGCUGCCCCAGCCAACAGUGCCAGUGGCUGGAGGGACACAGCCAUGGAGGGCACAGUGCCCACCCUGCUCUCCCCCACCAUCAAAGUGGGCUGGUUGGACAAGAACCCACCCCAGGGGUCCUACAUCUACCAGAAGCGCUGGGUGAAGCUGGAUGGAGACUACCUGAGCUACUAUGAGAGUGAGAAGGACACCUACUCCAAACGUUUCAUCCCUGUCUCCUCCAUCUGCCACGUCUCCAGCGUCGGUGAGCACAAGUUCGAGGUGAUCACCACCAAGCGCAACUUCGUGUUCCGAGCCGAGAGUGAUGCUGAGCGCAAGGAGUGGAUGAGGAUGCUGCAGCAGGUCGCUGAGGAGCAGAGGAGCAGAGAUCCUGGCAGGACAUCGCUGGCUUCAGCUCAGCCAGUGGACAAGAGUGGCUUCCUGGAGCUCAGGGGCUUCAAACACAAGCUCUUUGUGGCUGUGGCUGGGGACAGAGUUUUCCUCUACAAGAAUGCAGAGGAUUACCAGCUGGGCAUUGGCAUCACCUACAUCGAGAUGAACGUGGGCAAUGUGAAGGAGGUGGAUCGCCGGGGCUUUGACCUCACCACUCCCUACAGGCUGUUCAGCUUCUGUGCAGACUCAGAGCAGGAGAAGGAGGAGUGGGUGGCAGCCAUGCAGCAAGCCAUCGCUGGGGCUCUCUCCAACUCAGAGGUGGCUGAGAGGAUCUGGGCUGUGGAGUCCAACUGCUUCUGUGCUGACUGUGGCUCCCCCAGGCCUGAGUGGGCCUCCAUCAACCUCUGUGUGGUCAUCUGCAAGAGAUGUGCAGGGGAGCACCGAGGGCUGGGCUCUGGCAUCACCAAGGUUCGCAGCCUGAAGAUGGAUGGGAAGGUGUGGACAGAGGAGCUGAUCCAGCUGUUCCAGCAGCUGGGGAACGCUGCUGCCAACCGCUUCUGGGCUGCCAACGUGCCCCCCAGCGAAGCCAUCGGCCCCGGCAGCUCCAGCCGGGACAGGAGGCGGUUCCUGCUCGCCAAGUACCGCCAGGGCAAGUACCGGCGCUACCACCCGCUGUUCGGCAACCAGGACGAGCUCGACAGGGCUCUGUGCGUGGCCGUCACCACGAGUGACCUGGCAGAGACCCAGGCUCUGCUGUUCUGCGGGGCCGCCGUGGGCUGUGCCACCGGGGACCCCGAGUGCCCGUCGCCGCUGGCCCUGGCACGGAGGAGCGGCCAGAGGCUGCAGAUGGAGUUCCUGCACCACAACAGAACCUCGGAGGCUCCACGCCUGGAGGUGGGGGGCAGUGAGGAGAAGCCCUACUCAGUGCCCCUGCCCUCUGUCACCCACCAUGGCUUCCUCUACAAAACCCCCUCCAUGGCCAAGCCCGUCAGCGAGCGCAAGGGCCAGGAAGAGUUCAGCCGCCGCUGGUGCUCGCUGCACGACGGGCUCCUCAGCUACUACGACAGCGACCGCAACUCCGUCCCCAACGGCGAGAUCCGUGUGCAGGACAUGGUGUGUCUCGUGAGCCACCCACCCCAUGCCCAUGGCUUUGAGAGCACCUUUGAGAUCUACAUCGAGUCAGAGAGGCUCUACCUCUUCGGGCUGGAGAGUGCUGCUGCUGCUCGCCAGUGGCUCAAGUCCCUGGCCAAGGCUUUCAUCCAUCCCAAUGCUGAGGAGCUCCUGAGCUUGGAUUUUGAGCGUGUGGGCCGUUUGGACUACAAGGGAGGCCUCAACCUGGAGCAGCCCAGGGAGGGUUGGUUUGCUCUGGCUGGCUCUGAGCUGCAUCUCUGCAGCCAGGAUGGGCAGAGGCAGGAGCCUCUCCAGCUUCGCAAGCUCCAGGAGCUCUCCAUCCAGGGAGACCCUGAGGUGCUGGUGCUGGUGGAGAGGCGAAGGACUCUGUACAUCCAAGGGGAGAGGAGGUUGGAUUUCCUAGGUUGGGUCCAGGCCAUCCAAAAAGCUGCCAGCAGCUCUGGGGACACCCUGUCAGAGCAGCAGCUGACCGAGGCUGACGUGCCACUGCUGGUGGAUCGCUGCAUCGACUACAUCACCCAGUGUGGGCUGACAUCUGAGGGCAUCUACCGCAAGAGUGGGCAGAACUCCAAGACCACGAGGCUGCUGGAGCUGCUGCGCCGGGACGCCCGCAGCGUGCACCUCAAGGAGGGGCAGCACCACGUGGACGACGUUGCCAACACCCUCAAACGCUUCUUCCGUGACCUGGGUGAUGGGCUCUUCACUGCCAAGUGGGGGCAGGACUGGCUGCAGGUCACAGCGCUGGAGGACGAGGAGGCGAAGGUCAGCGAGUACCGGCGGCUCCUGGCCACGCUGCCCACCGUCAACAGGGCAACGCUCAAGGCUCUCAUCAACCACCUCUUCAGGGUGCAGCUCUUCUCUGGGGAGAACCAGAUGAACACACACAACUUGGCCAUUGUCUUUGGGCCCACACUCUUCCAGACAGAUGGGAAGGACUACAAGGCUGGCCGGGUGGUGGAGGACCUCAUCAGCCACUACGUGGAGGUCUUUAAUGUCAAUGACCAGGAGAUGAAGAAACAGCAGGAUGAGAUCAUGGCCAUCAUGAAGAUGCGGGAGGCAGCGUCUAGUGGGACUCAGCAAGCUGGGGACUUCAUCUGCACUGUCUACCUGGAGGAGAAGAAAACAGAGACAGAGCAGCAUGUGAAGAUCCCAGCCACCAUGACAGCUGAGGAGCUCACCUUCGAGAUCCUGGACAGGAGGAAGAUCCUGAUGAAGGAGAAGGACUAUUGGAGCUGCUUUGAAGUGAAUGAGAGGGAGGAGGCAGAGCGGCCCCUGCACUACUCUGAGAAGGUGCUGCCCAUUUUGCACAGCCUGGGCACCGACAGCUACCUGGUGGUGAAGAAGCAGAUGGCCAUGGAGAACAUGCUCAUCUACCUGGCCAGCAGGGUGGGCGACUGCAAGCACGGCAUGGUGAGGUUCAGGGAGGACAGGAGCGUGCUGGGGCUGGGCCUGAGCAGCAGCUUCCACGAGCGCUACGUCAUCCUGAGCCACAGCUGCCUGCGCCUCUACAGGGACGUGCGGAGCCACAAGCCAGAGAAGGAGUGGCCUGUCAGCAACCUGAGGGUCUAUCUCGGGGUUAAGAAGAAGCUUCGGCCCCCCACGUGUUGGGGCUUUACAGUCUUCUAUGAGAACGAGAAGCAUGAGAAGCAGCAGUGGUACCUGUGCUGUGAUACCCAGGCUGACCUGCGGGAGUGGUUUGCCACCUUCCUCCAUGUGCAGCAUGGAGGAGCCCUGUGGCCCUCGGAGGACUCCAGGGUGCGUGUGUCCCGCUGGCAGCAGGACUCCAGGCUGGGGAACAUCUCCCUCAUCCCUCUGAGGGGCAACGAGAGCGAGAUGAGGAACAGUGUGGCUGCUUUUGCUACUGACCCACUGACUCUCCUGAGGAAUGCCUGAGCUGGAAGCCUGACACACAGGGUUCAACCAGGAAGGAGCAGGGUCCCACCCCAGCCCUGGGGAAGAGGUGGGGAGGGGUCCCACCAACCACCUCUGGACCUUUUCAUCCUCCAGUGACUCCACUCCACAGGGCAACCACGAAAGGGGGGAGGAGAUGCCAACGAGGCCACCCAGCAACUGGCAGAGCUGGUCUUGGCAGCCAGGGCAGGGUGCCCACCCCCUCCAGGGCAAUGCCAACCUGCACCAGGCUCCAGCACAGAGGCACAGCCUCAGGGAGUGUCCUGGCACAGGAGGGGAGGCUUUUGCUUCUCCUCUUCCUCCCUCUAUCUUCAAGUCCCUCUCUAUUCAAAGGACAAUGUAGGGGAGAGCAGCUCAUGCCCUGGUGCUGCUGGGGAGGGGGUGCCCCAUCCCUGGGGUCCCCCCCAAAUCUGUGUCAGGGAAGGCAUCCAGAGCUUCUACAUCCCCCCUUCCUCCCCCAGAUUGCUGGGGGGUGCCUGUGGCCACUGUGCCCCCUGUCCCCUGGCUGCAAGGGCAUGGUUUGGGGUGACAGGAGGUGCCCCCUCAUCCCACCUCUUGGUGAUAUUAAAGGGUUUGGGGACAUGG